AUGACCCAGUUCAGAAUUCUGCUGUUUACCAUUUUGGCCACCAGAUGGUGCAGUGCAGAGAACCUGGACACCAACAGCCAGGCCAAUCCUGUGUCUUCCUCUCUGUUCAGAAGCUGCAAGGAAAUCAAGCAGGAGGUCACUGGGGCACGAGAUGGCCUCUAUUUCCUUCACACGGAGAAUGGUGCCAUCUACCAGACCUUCUGUGACAUGACCACUGAUGGUGGUGGAUGGACCCUGGUGGCCAGUGUGCACGAGAACAACAUGCAUGGGAAAUGCACUGUGGGCGAUCGCUGGUCCAGUCAGCAAGGCAACAGAAGAGAAAACCCAGAGGGGGAUGGCAACUGGGCCAACUACAACACCUUUGGGACUGCAGAGGGGGCCACAAGUGAUGACUACAAGAACCCUGGCUACUUCGACAUCCAGGCUGAGAACCUGGGCAUCUGGCAUGUGCCCAACAAUAGCCCCCUGAAAAAUUGGAGGAACAGAUCCCUGUUGCGGUACCGCACUUUUAAUGGUUUCUUUCAGCGCAUGGGCCAUAAUCUGUUUGGCCUGUACAAGAAGUACCCAGUGAAAUAUGGAGGAGGGAAGUGUUGGACUGACAAUGGUCCAGCAUUACCAGUUACCUACGACUUUGGUGAUGCACAGAAGACAGCAUCGUAUUACUCCCCCUUUGGCCGAAAUGAAUUCACUGCAGGAUACGUCCAAUUCAGAGUAUUUAAUAAUGAGAGAGCAGCCAAUGCCUUGUGUCCUGGGGUGAAGGUCACUGGAUGUAAUACUGAACAUCACUGCAUUGGUGGAGGAGGAUACUUCCCAGAAAGGGACCCCAUGCAGUGUGGUGACUUCUCUGGAUUUGAUGCAGAUGGAUAUGGAACUCAUACUGGGAGCAGCAAUAGUCGGACGAUAACUGAAGCAGCCGUGCUUCUGUUCUACCGUUGA